AUUUGAAUGAUUUACACGUUUGAUGAAAAAAAUUGUUAAUUGUCUAUUGUAAAUGCUUACAGUUAAAUUAUUUGUUUUUUAUAUAAAUUGGAGUGAAAUGAAGUUUUCUAGUGGCAAAACCCUUUUUUUAGCAGUUGUUGACUUUGCUUCCAUAUGGGUGGUUAAUAUUCUAUCUGAACAGGUUUUGUGUUUUCUGAAUGACAUAUUUGAUACUCUUCUAAAAGCACUGUCAGAUCCUUCUGAUGAGGUUGUGCUUCUGGUUCUUGAUAUUCAUGCAUGCAUAGCAAAAGAUCCAAAAAACUUUCACCAGCUUAUUGUUUUUCUGGUGCAUAAUUUCCGGGUGGAUAAUUCUCUCCUUCAGAAGCGUGGUGCUUUGAUAAUCCGCAGACUUUGUGUUCUUUUGAAUGCUGAAAGGGUAUACCGGGAACUCUCCACAAUAUUGGAGGGAGAAGCAGACUUGGAUUUUGCCUCUAUUAUGGUUCAGGCUUUGAAUUUGAUUCUACUUACAUCUUCUGAGCUAGCUGAACUUCGAGAUCUUUUAAAACAGUCACUGGUUAAUGCUGCUGGAAAAGAUUUAUUCCUUUCUUUGUAUGCUUCAUGGCGCCAUUCACCCAUGGCCAUUAUCAGUCUCUGUCUAUUAGCUCAGACAUACCAGCAUGCAAGUGCUGUGAUCCAGUCUCUGGUAGAGGAAGACAUUAAUGUCAAAUUCUUGGUCCAGCUUGAUAAAUUAAUACACUUGCUUGAAACUCCAAUCUUUGCUUAUCUUAGACUGCAGCUUCUUGAACCUGGAAGAUACAUAUGGUUAUUGAAAGCAUUGUAUGGUCUUCUCAUGUUACUCCCACAGCAAAGUGUCGCAUUCAAGAUACUACGAACUCGUUUAAAAACUGUACCGUCAUACUCCUUCAGUGGCGAGCAAAUUAAACACACAUCUUCAGGAAACCCUUAUUCUCACAUCAUCCAACAUAUGCCAAGUGGAUCGCAAAUCACUGAGGAUGGUGACAUAGAUUGUGAUAUUGGGAACUCACAAAAUGGUAUUAAUUUUGCUUCAAGGCUGCAACAAUUUGAGCAAAUGCAGCGUCUUCAUCAUAUGCAUGCAAAAGGACACACACAAUCUCACAACAGUUCCUUGUCAUUGUUAAAGGAGGUGGAAAACACCAGCAUUGGACAUAAGCAGACCCCCCAUUAAAGAUAUCUAGAGGCCCUGUGCAGUUGUAACUCUACGGAGGUAGCCACUGCUGCUGCUGCUGCCUAGUAUAAUUCAAUGUCUCAUACUCUGUUAUCAACGGUUGGAGGGUUAGAGCCAUGAAUGGGAUCCGGUAUAAUUUGUAAAUUGUAUAUCAUAGUAGGUUGUUUUGUUAAAAUGGAAGUUGGGAUGAUUAACAUUUGAGGUUUGGAUAUAAGCUUGGGUCUUUUGCCAGAGCUAUUCUUUUAUAAUUUGUAAACAAGAUGGCCCCGUGUGGUUGUGUUAUUUUUAUUGGAAACCACAUGGUUUAGAGAGACUGCAUUUGAAAUGCAGUUUCUUUUAAUAUUAUUGUGUUAACAAGAAUCUUACAGGGUAUAUUCAUUAG